AUGAAAUUGCUCUCCGAAUUUUCAUUGCUGAAUAUCGGAAAUCUUAUCUGUUGUCUUGGUUUAUCAUUAAUAGCUCCCUUUUAUCCAACAUAUGCAGAAAAAUUUGAUGUAUCAGGAUCCUUAUUAGGUCUAAUUUUUGGUAUUAAUCCAAUAGGAGGAAUAUUGUCUUCCUUAAUUGUUGGAAAAAUUCUAAAUAAAGUAAGAUUUUGUACUUAUUUAUAUAAAGAACAACCAAGCCAAUAUUUUAUCCUUAGGAAUGCUUAUUCAAUCUAUUGGAAUGUUUUGUUAUCCACUUUUAACAUUUACGACUAAUAGAACAAUAUUUAUUACAAUUUCUUUAUUAGGAAGGUUUAUAAGUGGAUUUGUAAAUAUAUUAUAAAGAUUAUAGGGAGCAUAAACAUUUGUAACCCCGCUUUAUGCCAUUAUUACAUAGAGAUAUGCAGAUUCAAUCAAUUAAAAAAUGGCUACAACAGAAUUUUUUUCCUCAUUUGGUUAUUUAUGUGGUCCAGUAAUCGGAUCAGUCUUAUAUACACUAGGAGGAUUUUCAUUUCCAUUUCUACUUUUUGCUUCCUUUUCUGUUGUCAUAGCCAUAAUAAUUAAAUUACAAUUUGAGAAUUAGGAAAAAAAAGCCAUUAAUGAAAUUAACGAACCUGUCAUCUCUGAUAUAUACGAUAUCGAAAGUCCAUCAACAACACUAUUUUAAAAUGAGGAAACUGAUGCAUCAAUUGGUUAUUAUGACCUUAUCAAAUAUUUCCCCGUAUCAUCAUCAUUAUUUGUGAUGUUAGCAUUAUGUAUCACUUUUACAUUUUAUUAUCCAACUUAUGCAAUUUAUUUUGAAGAGAAUUUUAACAUUCCCCCAGAACAUGUAGGCUUUUACAUGUCUGCAGUUUCAUUAGCCUAUAGUGUUGGAGCAUUGACUGUAUCAAGAAUUACUGUGAAUAAAUCAAAAGCUAUUUUUAUAGGGAUGGUUUUUGUGUCGAUAGCAUAAUUUUUUAUGGGUCCAGAUCCACUAAUGAAUAUCAGUCCCAAGAUUUUCAUAACUGUUAGUGCUUAAGCUACAUUUGGAUUUUUUUCUGCGCCACCUUAUAUUAUGGCUCUCCCUAAAAUUACAGAAGAAUUAUAAGCGAAAUUUCAAAAGUCAGAUCACGAUAAAUGUAACUCCUUAGCAUCUGGUUUAUUUAAUGCGGUGAUAUCAACUGGAGAUUUUUUAGGUCCAGUAUUUUCAGGAGUUUUGGAUGAGUUCUUUUCCUUUCAAAGGUCAUGCAGUUAUUUAGGUUUAUAUUUAGUUGCAACAACUUUUCUAUUUCUUCCAAAUCUAUUUAAUUCCAAGAAAAUUAAGUAAAUUUAAAUUAAAUCUUAUAAAGAAUAUUUAUGA